AUGCCGUUGCUAAUUCCUACUGCCGUGUACAGUUCCGAGGCAUCUGAAAAUAUCGCAUUUCAUCCAGGUGACGGACCUCACAGCACAAAUGGGAGAACUACGCAAAUAUCUGAUAUUGUAUUGAAUGCUGGAGGCGAAGAUCGAGAUAGACCAAGCGAACACAGAGAUACACCAUUGGGGCAUCUUAGGGCUUCAUUGACAACUCUUCAAGAUCAGAUAAAUGAAUUUCUUACGGAUCGAAUGAAGAAAGAAAAGAAUGUAAUGAACGCAAAGGAUAUCGAGAGGAGGCUUCUUGAUGAAGCGGGUGGAGACGAUGACGAUGACGAUGGUGAUGACGAUGACGAUGAUGAUGCUAAUGAAGCUAAUGAUGAAGGUGUUGGAGGUGUUGGAGGUGUUGGAAAAGAAAAUGAAGAAACGGAUAGAAUCAAGAGAAGCAAGAGUGAAUAG